UCCGGCCGGGCCCCAGCUGGCGGAGGCGGAGGAGGCGGCGGCGGCUGAGCGGCGAGAGGCUGAGGGGAUCUGGCAGCAGAACGCGAGGACCAGACGCCCCAGCGAUGACCAGUUCCCCGGUCUCCAGGGUCGUCUACAACGGCAAGAGGAACAGUAGCCCCCGUUCUCCCCCCAACAGCAGCGAGAUCUUCACCCCGGCCCAUGAGGAGAAUGUGCGCUUCAUUUACGAAGCCUGGCAGGGCGUGGAGCGCGACCUGCGGAGCCAGGUGGCGGGCGGCGAGCGGGGCCUGGUGGAGGAGUACGUGGAGAAGGUCCCUAACCCCAGCCUGAAGACCUUCAAGCCCAUCGACCUGAGUGACCUGAAGCGCCGGAACACGCAGGACGCCAAGAAGUCCUAAAGCUCAGGCCCUCCCCUGGCCUCUGGGGGAGCUGGUGCAGCCUGGUGGCCUUCUCUCCUGUGGGCUCAGCUCCUGGGGGUGGGGGUGGGGAGGGGGCCGCAAAUCCCAGGACCAGGAGGCGUGAUUGGUGGCCAAGGCCUGCCCCUCCCCUAAGCCCCGCUUUCCUCUGGCCGGUCUCUAGCUGCUCCUGUUGCCGAGAGGGUCUGGGCCCCGCCAGUCCCUGCCUUCUCUGGGGCCUAGCUGUGUCUGGAGCUUCCUUGCCCCACCUGCCCGCCCCCCACCGGACCUUGACCCUGACUCUGCUCCCCUCCCAUCACCUCUUCUGCCCCACCCUGGCCCCUGGCCCCCUCAGGAUCAGGAUGGAGGUGAGGGGGCCUUCCUUGUCACCUGGUCCUGUGGGACUGGGCCAGGUUUGUCCCUGAGGUGGCCAGGAGGCAGGACGUGGGCCGCUCCACCCACAGCCAGCGUGGGUCUGCCACUGCUGCUUCUCUGGCCUGGACACACUGGGGAGGGAAUAGUCCCCCACACUGUCCCGCCCAGCCCCUCCCCGCCUGCACCAGCUCUCCGGGCCUGGGACACCACACGCCCCUCACAGGGUCCUGGGUGACCAGGCCUGGCCCCUGGUGUCUGCGCCCCUGUGGCCACAGCAGCCCCCUCAGGCAGGGCUGUGAGGUUGCCCAGUGGGUCCUGGCUCUGUGCAGUGUGCUGGGGAGGCCAGCAGGGCCCCUUUUUCUUCCUGUGCUCUCCACAAGUGUCUGCGGUGAGCCUGAGGACCAGUGAAUAAAGGCGGGCGGCACUGCAUCGGC